UGAUGGAUGAAAUUGUGCUCAUUGAGUCACCAGUUUCAACCUAUAUUGUACGCUCAAAACCAGCCGAACUGCACUGUCGGGCAUUGAACGCCCGGCAGAUCCGAUUCAAAUGCAAUGGACGAUGGUUGGAAGAUUCUCGAGUACUGAAAUCACAAGGUAAAGAUCCAUCCACUCAACUGCCCUACCUUAGAGGAACCGUUGAAAUCAGUCGUCAAGAGGUUGAUGCGAACAUACAAUUGGGCGAUUACACAUGCCAGUGCUAUGCUUCUGGCGAUUCGGAUUCUCAAGCUGUGCGCUCGGAUUCAGCGCGAAUACGCAUUGCUUGUAAGUUUUUUGUGCUUAAUACAAGUGUUGAAGACGAUUUAUCAAUGGAUUUAUUAUUGUACGGGCAACAUUAUUCCCAAUCUCGUGAACAAAUCAUGCGACUUUAUGAGAUCGCUGAUAAUCUAAAUCGCCAUCAAUACCAAUCUGUACCAUAUUUGCAUUCGACAUCUCAUUCAAAACACACAUUAUUCAACACAUUCACAUAUGCGUUUAUUGGCAUAUCAUACUUUGAACAAUAA